AUGAGUGGGAAGUCCCUGCUCUUAAAGGUCAUUCUCCUGGGGGAUGGUGGAGUUGGGAAAAGCUCCCUCAUGAACCGUUAUGUAACCAACAAAUUCGACUCUCAGGCUUUCCACACCAUAGGUGUGGAAUUCCUAAAUCGAGAUUUAGAAGUCGAUGGUCGCUUUGUGACGCUCCAGAUCUGGGACACUGCAGGUCAGGAGCGUUUCAAGAGCCUACGAACACCAUUCUACAGAGGAGCAGACUGCUGCCUCUUGACCUUUAGUGUAGAUGACCGGCAGAGCUUUGAGAAUCUUAGCAGUUGGCAGAAAGAGUUCAUCUAUUAUGCAGACGUGAAAGACCCUGACCACUUCCCCUUUGUAGUCCUAGGAAACAAGGUAGACAAAGUUGAAAGGCAAGUGACCACCGAAGAGGCCCAAGCCUGGUGUUUAGAGCAUGGGGAUUACCCGUACCUGGAAACAAGUGCCAAAGAUGACACCAAUGUCACUGUGGCCUUUGAAGAAGCAGUGAGGCAGGUUCUGGCCGUGGAAGAGCAGCUGGAGCACUGCUUGCUGGGCCACACUGUUGACCUAAACAGCAGCUCUAAAGCUGGGUCUUCAUGUUGUUAA